CUGAGAUUGCAAAGGGAGCACCAAAAAUACGCUGGUGGGCAGUCAUAGCCUGGGUCCAUCAUCUUUACGCACUCCAUUCCUUUUUUUCGAUUAGAUUGAGCUGAUACAGCCAGCCCAUUGUAUAUCUUAAUCUAUAACGCAAUAUAAUCCCUCCAUCCUUUUUCACCUCCAAAACUUUGGCGUCAGCGCAAAUCGUCCAAAAUGACCAUCGAGCUUGACCAGCAUUCGGCCGCCCGGGAACACAGGCAAUUCGCUGAAACAUUCCUGACGGAAAAACCAAAAGACGGCAUAGAUAUUGUUCAACAGCGAUUACGAAAAAGUCAAAAACUAAAUGAAGAGUUGGCAGAGUACUUCAAAGAAAGAGCAUUAAUUGAGGACCAGUAUGCAAAGAGUCUCGUGAAGCUCUCUAAGAAAAUCUUCAUCUCCGAUAAGUCAGCAUUAGGCACUAUGCUACCGCUGUGGAGCAAACUGUCGGACGAAAUCACAGAAGUAUCCAGCAUACAUGGUCAAUUAGCACAUAGAAUCGCCGAAGAAGUCGAGAAACCGCUAAGGAGUGUGAUGUAUCAAGACAGUGAUAUGGCAAAAAUAAGACAUAUGGAGCCUGCUAUCAAUAAGCACGCAAAAGAAUACGACGAGCUUCAACUAAAGCUACAAAAACAUCAAAAAAUCGCCGAAAAAGCUGGAAGUGGCAAGAAAUUAGAGGAGGCUAACAUGAAGCUACGAGGUUACCGACAAGUUGUGGAUGAGCUCAAACAACAUUGGUCCCAAGAUGGACCAGCAUACUUUGAUUGUUGCCAAACAAUAGAAGAAGCGCGGUUCACGGCCGCAAAAGAAAUGAUUCAGGCGUUCGAAAAGGCUCAAGCAGAGCAACUGGCAAAACGUGUAGAAUAUGCUGACAGUGUAAUGGUAGCGGCUAUUUCUCUAGAGACUGAAGUUGAAAUCAACCAGUUUGCUGCCCACUUCACCACUCAUCUCAAAAAAUUGACAUUGUCCACCACUGACGUCCCCCCACCUUCUGAGCCGGAACCGCUUGAUCUCCCCGUUAAUAUUCAACCCGCCUUCCUUCAGGAAGAACCACGUGCUCGUGCAAGUGACGAUGCGGCAUCAGUUACUACUAAUGGUAAAAACAGCGUGAAAGAAGGGGCUGGAAAAUUGAAAAAUGCUUUGAAAUCUUUGCGGCGACGAACUCAAGCUGGCAUAAGUCGAAGCAACAUUGAUGGCACCUCGUCAGAUCAUGCUGCAGAAUGGGCUACGUUGGAUAUGAAUCAUGGCAAUACCAUGGAUAUCUCCAGCGAUCAAGAGAACUCUUACAACGAUAGUAAUUUGUCUCAUUCAAUGAUCUCCCAGCCUGAUGAAGCGAACGAUAAGCAAUCGUCAUCUGUCCAAGCGCUCGAUAAUGCCGCUGCACUAAACUCUUUUCAACCAAGCGCAACACCCAGUAUGACAGAGAGCUGGAGUACGCUCGGAACACUACCACCCAUGCCUAAAGUGGACGCAGAGGGAUUUUCUAUCCCACCUCCUGAUCGUACUCCUUGGACAGAAGUUGCUGGCGGCUCUUCUUUGAAUGAAGCUGAAGCUGACGAAAAUGAAGACGCUAGUAGCAUUAUGAGUACAAACCGCUUCCGAGUGGACAUUAUGAAUGAGACUGUGAAAGAGGAUGCAGAAGCUACGCAUGCAUUGACUAGAGUAGCAACUUUGCUGAAAGAGAAAAAUUCACCAGCUGCUUCAAAGCGAUUGCGUGGUCGCCGAGAAACUCUCAGGAUCAAUCAAUUCGGUAAUAACAUUGGAAAUUUACAACAAUUUGGUGGAUCCUCCUCAAGUUUAGAAAUCGCAAACAUCAACAAGAUAUCCAGUUCCCCCAUUUCGGCAGAGUUUGCUGAUACCCAUCUCAAAGCUGCUACAACUGGUCCCAAUAGUAGCUUCAUAUCACCUCGCCUCAACCCCUUCGAUAACCAAGCACCUACGGAUGAAAAGGGCACAGACAAUCCUUUCGAACUCGAUUCUCAUGACACAUCUAUUUCAGUAGCUUCCCCUAAUCACCACACUGACAACGCCUCAGCAGAGAUGCCUCGUGUGACCGUAAACAUUGCUGAGACAGUUCAUGUAUUAACCCGAUCAGGCGAGGUAACCAAGUCUGUGGUGACGGGAGAAAUCAGCUUAACAUAUCAAAGGCCAACUCAAACUCCAUCAAAACCUUUAUGCAUCAAACUUAUCAACAUCGACCAUAUCGAACGACUGGCACCUAAUCCAUCUUAUAUCAGCAGUGUAGAUGGACAUAAUGGCGUUUUCCAACUAAACGUUGAUAUGUUCUCAAAGGUAGCUGGUAAUCCUGUGGUCAGUCUUAAGUACCAGAUUAAAAUGGAUGGGCCAAGUGCAGCAUCUGUUGCGCCACUGAUUGUUCGCCCCAUAUGGAAGUUGGAAGAUUCCAAGUCGAUGUUGUUAGUCAAAUACAACGGAAGCGCACAAGGCCUCUCCAUCGGUGAAGGUAACAUCACCUUAGAAAACGUAUCGUUCUUGGCAUCCGUUGACGGUGGCGUGACCAGUGCCCAAAGUAUGCCAGCAUGCGUAUGGAGCAUGGAACGCCAAAAGAUCCUCUGGAACCUCAACAACCUUUCCAUUUCUGCCAAUGAAGAGCAAGAAGAGAAGAAGCUGAUGGCUAAGUUCGAUACACAAAGUAAAGGUACACCUCAAGCAAUUGCCGUCAAGUUCACUAGCCCAGGUAUCUCUGUGUCCAAGGUGGAUAUUGUUCAAGACGAUACUGAGACAGAUGAAGUUGCUUGGGUCCAUAUCGAUGCUGUCCACAGACAAACAUCUAGUGGAAAGUAUCUUGCUGAACCGUAAACUAUAAAAUGACAAUGUCUUCAAUGUAAAAAAGUUCGUUUUUAUCAAGAAUCUUUACCCAAUUUUUGCUUCAGUAUCGCGGUCCACCAGAAAAGAACAAUAAAUCAAAUAAUGAGCAUGAUACAAAUGUUGGUAUGGCCGUAACCUAUAACCAAACUUCAAGUCAAAGACAUGAUAUGAAUCAAUAA